CGCAUCCGAGUUCACGAUGUCCGGGAGGGUGGGUGUCAUCUUGAUAAUUUGCGCAGCCUAUUCAAAUGCAGAGAUCACAUUAAAUCAGGAGGGAUCGCUGUCCGUUCAGCCGAGAGGAACUGUGAAGAUCGGCUGUAGAGUGUCGGGCGCCAACUUGGGAAAUGAUGACAUAGGAUGGUAUCAGCAGAAACCUGAUGGCGCUCCCCGAUUUCUCCUCUAUCAUGAUCUCAGCCGGGACGUAAAGGGUACUGGCAGUCCCGAUAGAUUCUCUGGAAGCUCUCAGUCUUCGAGCAACGCCUCAUGUGGAAAGUUGACCCGUCCUACGAUUACUCUUCUUCCACCCGCGUCAAAACAGAUCACCGUAGGACAGAGGGCGACUCUGGUGUGUCUGGUCAAUAAUUUUUCCCCUAGAUCGGCGGAGGGUUCCUGGGAAAUGGACGGCAAUGCCGUGAAGGCUGGUGUCCUGACAACUCGAACCGUCCAGAAUAGCGACCUCAAAAGUUAUCUCACCCUGACCGCCUCGGAGUGGAACUCACACGAGGAGUACACUUGCGGGGUGACACACCAGUCUCUCGGGUCUCCACUGAAGCGAAGCAUUCAGAAAUCGGGCUGUACGUAAGAGAGAGCCGGCAGGCUGGGUGCGUGGUGUUACUUGUGGUCGGGGACAGCAGCGUUCUAUGAUUGUUUCCUUUCUAUUGGCGAGCGGCUUUCGAAA